GCCCGCACGCAGGCGCGCUGGGAGCCCGGGGCGCCCCACGCGGGCGCUCCCAGAGCCUCGGCGGCGGCGCCCGGCUCGGCAGCGAGCGGGGCGCGGGCCGGGAGCGGAGCUGCGGCAGCGCCGGGGAGCCGCGGGAGGAAGGCGGGAGCCGGAGCCGGAGCCGGAGCCGCAGCCGCGCCCCGCCCCGCUCAGCCCAGCCCAGCCCCGCUCCGUUCAGCCAGCUGCGCUCUCGCCGCCGAUCGCCCCGCUGCCAUGGGGUAGGGGCGGCGGAGCGGGGGGGCGCCGUCAGGCUGUGGCCGGCGGAGCGCGGAGCGGCGCCCCGCGGUGCCGUGGGGCGCGAGGGGCAGGAGCGGCGGGGCUGGCGCGGGAGGCCGGGCAGGGCAGGGGGCUGUCCCGGUGCGAGAGCGGCGGCGGCAGGCGGAGAGAUGAUCGCGGAGUUGUUGAGCAGCGCCCUGGGGCUCGCCCUGUACCUCAACACCCUGAGCGCCGACUUCUGCUACGAUGACAGUCGAGCUAUCAAGACAAACCAGGACCUUUUGCCUGAGACGCCGUGGAUCCAUAUCUUCUACAAUGACUUUUGGGGGACAUUGCUUACUCACAGUGGGAGCCACAAGUCCUACAGACCUCUCUGCACACUUUCCUUCCGCAUUAACCAUGCUGUUGGGGGAAUGGACCCAUGGGGCUACCACCUUGUAAAUGUCCUCUUACAUGCUGCAGUCACUGGCCUUUUCACAAACUUCUCCAGGAUUCUCUUUGGUGAUGGGUACUGGACCUUGAUAGCGGGCCUGCUGUUUGCAUCUCAUCCAAUCCACACGGAAGCCGUAGCAGGGAUUGUAGGGAGGGCAGAUAUUGGAGCCUGCCUCUUCUUUCUGCUUUCCCUCAUGUGUUACGUGAAGCACUGCUCUACCAGAGGUUCCUCACCGAGUACUUGGGGCUGGAUCUUGGGAGCAGGGCUGUGUGCAGGAUGCAGCAUGCUGUGGAAGGAGCAAGGAGUGACUGUUCUGGCCAUUUCAGCUGUGUACGAUAUCUUUGUAUUUCAUCGACUGAAAAUGCAUCAGCUCAUUUCUGCUUUAUACAAGAGAAAGAAUUUGACCCUGUUCUUCAGCAUUGGUUUAUUGACCUCCUGGGGAACUGCACUGCUGGGUAUUCGCUUAUACUGGAUGGGCAACAAGCCCCCAAGUUUUUCUAAUUCUGACAAUCCAGCAGCUGACUCAGACAGUUUUCUCACACGUACUCUAACCUUCUUCUACUUGCCAACCAAGAACCUCUGGCUGUUGCUGUGCCCAGAUACCCUCAGCUUUGACUGGUCUAUGGAUGCGGUGCCUCUUCUUAAAGCUGUCAGUGACUGGAGGAAUCUACACACUGUGGCCUUCUAUGCAGGACUCCUCCUCCUUGCCUACUUUAGCUUGAAGGGCUCCAGCAAUGAGAGAGAAUGCAAUGGGAAAACUUUAAUGAAUGGCAAGCAAAAUGCUAAUGGGCAUAGCUGCCACCCAGAGAUGGAGUACAAGACACUGGAGGCGAAGUCAAGCUUUGCAUCAAAAGAAGAGAAUGGCCUAAAAAAGCAUGAAAUUCAGAAACUGCAGCUUCCUUCAACCGAGAACAUUGUCAUUCUGUCUCUCUCUUUGUUAAUAGUGCCCUUCGUUCCUGCCACAAACCUGUUUUUCUAUGUUGGCUUUGUAAUAGCAGAGCGUGUGCUGUAUGUUCCUAGUAUGGGCUUCUGCCUGCUGGUUACAGUAGGUGUCAGGGCCCUUUAUGUCAAAGCCCAAAAGCGCUUUCUGAAGAACUUGGUUUUUUGUUCCACUGCUGCAUUAAUUGUUUUCUAUGGACUCAAGACUGUUGUCAGGAAUGGGGACUGGCAGAAUGAGGAGAUGCUGUAUAGGUCAGGGAUAAAAGUAAACCCUGCUAAAGCAUGGGGUAACCUUGGAAAUGUUCUCAAGAGCCAGAGCAAGAUUUCUGAAGCUGAAAGCGCCUAUAGAAAUGCCUUGUACUAUCGCAGCAACAUGGCUGAUAUGCUUUAUAAUUUAGGAUUACUACUUCAGGAAAACAGCAGGUUUUCAGAGGCAUUGCAUUACUAUAAACUGGCAAUUGGUAGCAGACCUACACUAGCUUCUGCCUAUUUAAAUACUGGUAUCAUCCUGAUGAACCAAGGGAAGACAGAGGAAGCCAGGAGGACUUUUGUGAAGUGUUCAGAGAUCCCUGAUGAAAACCUAAAAGAUCCUCAUGCUCAUAAAAGCUCUGUUACCAGCUGUCUUUAUAACUUAGGAAAACUUUUUCAUGAACAAGGACACUAUGAGGAGGCCCUUACAGUUUACAAAGAAGCAAUACAGAAAAUGCCGAGGCAGUUUGCACCACAGAGCCUAUAUAACAUGAUGGGUGAAGCCUAUAUGAGAAUGAGCCGACUGCCUGAAGCAGAGCACUGGUAUGUGGAGUCACUGCGAUCCAAGAGCGACCACAUCCCAGCCCACCUCACCUAUGGAAAACUGCUGGCUCUGACGGGACGCAAGAGUGAGGCAGAGAAGUACUUCUUGAAGGCUAUUCAGCUGGAUCCUACCAAAGGAAACUGCUAUAUGCAUUAUGGUCAGUUCCUCCUAGAAGAAUCCCGCCUGAUAGAAGCAGCUGAAAUGGCAAAAAAAGCAGCUGAACUUGAUAAUAUGGAAUUUGAUGUUGUUUUCAAUGCAGCCCAUAUGCUCAGACAAGCCAGUCUUAAUGAAGAGGCUGAGAAGUAUUAUGAAAUGGCAGCAGGAUUGAGACCUAAUUAUCCAGCUGCCCUAAUGAAUCUUGGAGCCAUUCUCCAUCUGAAUGGCAAGCUGAAAGAGGCUGAAGAAAACUACCUCCUUGCUCUUCAACUGAAACCUGAUGAUGUCAUCACCCAAUCCAAUCUUCGCAAAUUGUGGAAUAUCAUGGAGAAACAAGGAUUGAAAACAUCCAAAACAUGA